UGGACAGUGAACUCCGGAUGACGAGACUCCACGGCUAUUCUUAGCUCUUUUGUUUAGUGUUGAGAGAAAAACCUGAAGCUGUUGAACUCUCACCAACGCCUCACAGGGCCCCACGACAGAUCCCACAAGCCACCAAAACGUUUGACUCGGAAAGAUGUGGAAAAUCAAACCCCCCAUCGUAUUCCCUCAGGAAGCUAAAUACAGGCCGGUUCUCGAGAGCCUGGUCCCCACAGAUCCCAUGUCCCUUUUCAACCUGAAGAGGGGCUCCCCCGAAGAGGAGUUCCCCUACCUAAGGGGGAACCAUACGUUCAUGGGACGUUUCCUGACAUUAAAGAUGUAUGCCCGCCAGUACCACCGUGCCACUCAGAGCGGGGUCAUCUUUGAUGAUAUCAUACGGCCAGGCCUUGAAGAGCCAGAUGACAUAACAGGUCCUAAAUCGGUUGGAUGUCUGGCUGGGGACGCACAGUCCUACAUUCUCUUCUGUGACUUUUUUGACCGCAUCAUUGAAGCCUACCACGACCACAAGAUGAGCAAGUCACAGGAGAGUGACUUCAAUCACGACAAUUUAAAGGGAGGUGAUGAUUUUGAUGGAGACUACGCUAUAAGCUGCGAGGUGUCUGUGGCACGCUGUGUGGACGACUUUUGCUUCCCUACACACUGCAGUCGUGGAGAACGUAGAAAGCUCCUCACACUGGCAAAAAAAGCUUUAGAACAACUAUCAGAAGAGUUCCCAGGGAAGCUGUAUUCAAUGGAGAAACUGACAGAGGAUCAAGAGGAAAUGGGACUGAUUGUAGACGCCCCCUCUUCCUCCCAGUUCAGGACUGGUGUGGCCCGUGACUGGCCAGACUCUAGAGCCGUCUGGGUCAGUAAAGACUGUAGUCUGGGGAUAUGGAUUAACAUGGAAGAGCACAUCAAGUUAGUGACCAUGCGGAGUGAUGCCAACAUUGCAGACGCAUUCAAAUGCAUUUGCAUCAACAUCCUCAAGCUUGAAGCGUUGUACAAGAAGCUGAGGCACCCAUUCAUCUGGAAACAGCACCUGGGCUGGGUGGUCAGCUCCCCGGCUGAUGUGGGGACUGGGCUGAGAGCCAGCGUCCGUGUGCGGCUACCCCACCUCUUCACGCACAACCGUCUACAGGAUGUCCUCAAGAGACUGCGCCUCCGUAUGGAGAACACAGACGAGCUGGAUGUGUAUAACGUGAGCAACGUGCCUACCAUCGGGUUCAAUGAGGUGAGCCUCACACAGUUGGUGGUGGACGGGGUGAAGCUACUCAUUGUCAUGGAGAAGAGACUGGAGAACGGCCAGAGCAUUGACGAGCUGGUGCCUAUGCAAAAGUAGAGUGAGGGAAAAAAGGGGCAGACAGUUGGACUCAUAACAACCCCAUGGAACAUAUGAUACUACUGUAUUUCAAAAAGUAUGAUGUAAAGAAAAAUCUGUAAGUACCUACUUUAGGACUGCAAUUACUUUUCUGUUUCAAGGAAAGAACAAUGUAACAACAUGCAGUAAGUUGUCUAUAUAUAGCUGUAUAUAAAAACAAUUAGAAACAUUUGUUUUAUUCUGGUACCCAUAGCUUAUAAGCACAACUGUAAUUCGAGGGCAAUAUCGAUUUCACCAUGUAAUUUAUUUAAAAAAGAUUAGAAUUAAAAUGACCAUAACAUGUC